GGGUGCACUGCAAAGCUCCCCAUGCUCCUCUGCUUUUCCCAGCCAAGCUUGAGGAGCUGAGACCAUCCCUAUCCCAGCUGGAGCACAGGACGGAGCAGAGGGCUUGAUGCAAGAAGAUGUUCUGUGACCGCUGCCUUCAGCUGCCGAUGGUGACCUGGGUGCUAGUGCUGCUGACCACAGCCUUUGCCAUGGAAUGCCCCAAGAUCAAGGUGGGCACGUGCAAGGACUGCAUCCAGUCUGGUCCCGGCUGUGCCUGGUGCAAGAAGCUGAGCUUCGCCAAGGCCGGCGAGCCAGACUCCAUCCGCUGUGACACUGUGGAGCAGCUGCUGCAGAGGGGAUGCCCACACAGCGACAUCGAGUUCCCAGUGAAUGACAUUGGGACCACACAGAACAGCUCCUUGAGCAGUGAUGUACAGCUCGCUCCCCAGGAGAUGCACCUGAAGCUGAGGAUAGGGCAGCCCGCUGUAUUUGAGGUGAAAUUCCGCCGUGCCAUGGGGUACCCCAUUGAUCUCUACUACCUCAUGGACCUUUCCUACUCCAUGCUGGAUGACCUGGAGAAGGUGAAGAAACUGGGAGGGGAGCUGCUUCGUGCACUGGAGAGCACCACCCCUUCUCGCCGCAUAGGGUUUGGCUCCUUCGUGGACAAGACUGUGCUGCCCUUUGUGAACACACACCCUGAGAAGCUCAAGAACCCCUGCCCCUCCAAGGACAAGCAGUGCCAACCUCCCUUCGCCUUCAAGCACAUCCUCUCCCUGACUGACGAUGCGGAGAAGUUCGAGAGUGAAGUAGGGAAGCAGUACAUCUCUGGAAACCUGGAUGCACCCGAGGGGGGGCUGGAUGCCAUGAUGCAGGCAGCGGUGUGUGGGGACUUGAUCGGCUGGCGCAACGUGACCCGCUUGCUGGUGUAUGCCACCGAUGAUGGCUUCCACUUUGCUGGUGAUGGCAAGCUGGCAGCCAUCCUGACCCCCAACGACGGCCAGUGCCACUUGGAGGACAACAUGUACAAGAAAAGCAACGAGUUUGACUACCCUUCUGUUGGGCAGCUGGUCCAGAAACUUGCUGAAAACAACAUUCAGCCCAUUUUUGCUGUCACCAGUAAGGUGGUGGAUAUUUACAAGAAACUCAGUGAGAUGAUCCCAAAGUCGGCAGUGGGAGAGCUCAAUGAGGACUCCAGCAACAUCAUUGAGCUCAUCCAGGUGGCCUACAAUAAUCUCUCUUCACUGAUCAUCCUGGACCACUCCACCCUUCCAGACACCCUUGAUGUCAAAUAUGACUCCUUAUGCCCUAGAAGCACAGUCACAGACAAAGCAAGAGGACAGUGUGACAACAUCAAGAUCAACGAAGAGGUCACCUUCAGAGUCAAGGUUACAGCCAAGGAGUGCAUCAAAAGCCAGUCCUUCACCAUCCGCCCCUUGGGCUUCACAGACACCCUCACGGUCCACGUGGAGAGCAAGUGCAACUGCAACUGCAAGGAGCAGCCCGACCCAGCCACCUGUAGUGGGCAGGGCAGCAUCGUCUGUGGGAUCUGCAGCUGCAAUGCAGGCUACAUUGGGAAGAACUGCGAGUGUGACACGAAAGGCAGGAGCAGCAAGGAGCUGGAGGGCAGCUGCCGGCAGGACAACAGCUCAGUGCUCUGCUCAGGGCUGGGGGACUGUGUGUGCGGGCAGUGCCUCUGCCACACCAGCGACGUGCCCGGCAAGCAGAUCUAUGGCACCUACUGCCAGUGUGACAACGUCAACUGCGAGUUCCACAAUGGCCUUCCCUGCGGUGGCAGAGAGCGGGGCAGCUGUGACUGUGGGGAGUGCAAGUGCAAUCCUGAGUACCAGGGCAGCGCCUGCCAGUGCAAGAAGUCAACAGAAGGCUGCUUGAACCAGAAUGGCAACGAGUGCAGCCACCGCGGGACCUGCCACUGCAACCGCUGCCAGUGCUGGGGGGGAUACCAGCCCCCCUUCUGCCAGGAGUGCCCUGGCUGCCCCUCGCCCUGUGCCAGAUAUGUCUCCUGUGUGGAGUGCAGGACCUCUGAGAGCGGCCCCUUUGAGAAGAACUGCUCCCAGGCCUGCCCCAACAUCCGUGUGGUGCAGAACAUCACAGGGGAGAGCAGGCAGUGCAGGGAGAAGGACUCCCAGAACUGCUGGAUCUCCUUCCGCAUGGUCCAGGAGGAUGGCAAUGAGAUAUACACCGUCACCGUGGAUCCUGAGAAAGAGUGCCCAAAGCCUCCCAACAUCGCGCUGAUUGUGGGCAGCACCAUUGCUGGCGUGGCCCUCAUUGGCCUGGUGCUCCUGCUGGUGUGGCGGCUCCUGAUGGAGCUGUUUGACCGCCGGGAAUACCGCCGGUUCGAAAAGGAGAAGUCCAAGGCCAAGUGGAACGAUGCUGAUAAUCCCCUCUUCAAGAGUGCCACAACCACAGUUGUGAACCCCAGGUUCAAUGACCAAUGAAGCUGAGCAACACCAGCAGCACUGGGACCUACUGUGAAAUAAGGAAAUGCCAAGCUAAGGAAAUCUCAGACCUCCUCUUCUUCAUCCUGUCACUUUGUUCCCUUCUUUCAAGAGGCCACCAGCACACCAGGCACUGGCUGAGGGGCUGCACAAUGCCUGUGUCCUGGUGCAGCUGGGAGAAGGGAACAGACACAGCUUUGCCAUGGAUGGGACUGCAGAUCUGGUCCCACCAGUGGGCACACGCAACAGCUCCUGUACCUGGUUACUGCCUCUCUCAGCUCUUGAUGACCUUCACCUUCUGGCAGGACAUUCAGCCUCCAAAGCUGAGUGCACAGAGUGCUUCCAACAUUGACUUGGAGCUGAAACUGCAAACCUGCCCCUUCCCUUAAGCUCUAGCAGGAUCUGUUCCCAUGCUGCUCCAUGCCUUCGCCUGCUGCGCUGCUCCCCACCACUGUGCUCACACUGGUGUCUGAAGCACUCACAGCUGAGCUGGACACGGAGGGUCCUCCACACUGGUGGUCUGCUCUGGAGCUUUCAGUGUGGUGAUGGGCCCUAAGGGCCAGCGAGCACCUGGACCCAGACACAAAGAGCAGCUGGGCAGUGUGCACUGAAUCUUGUGUUGCUCCCAUCUCAGACCUACCUCGGGCACGGUUCUGCUUGGGCUCCUGCAGCCUUGGCUUGCCUGUGCCAGGCCUUGAGCCCUCUGCAUCACAAGGACUCAAAGGAGCAACUGAACUAUGAAACAUGGGCUCUGAGCACAUGAAACCGAGUUUGGCUGCAGGGUGGGAUCUUUUCCCUGCUCUAUGAGUGCAUCAGACACACUGAGGGCCAGUCGUGUGCAAGAGCCAGAGCAUCUGCAGCUCAGCACUGGCACAGCAGCCAAUUGCUCUUACACUGGGGGGUCAUUCCUGUGAACUAGCGGUACAAUUCCAUAUUUUCUUUGAGUUUGGGAAUAAUUUGCAUACAUCUGUGUUGUGUCCCAUCUUCAUUUGCUCU